AUGCCUUCAGGUGACGCAUGUCAACCACAAUCCACGGCCACGGAAAAUGAAAUAGAACAUAAUAAACUGAAAGAGAAAAUCCGAAAUCUAGAAAAAGCGCUAGAACAAGAAAAGAACAUAAAUACUAACUUAUUAAAUGAAAAAAAUAUGCUCAGUAAUAGACUCUUUAGAUAUAACAAUUUCAAGAACAGUGAUACAAAGAUAAAAUUAACCGGAUUACCUGAUAAUCACACAUUUGAGAUUCUGUCUACGUCAUUUGACAAACCUAAACAAUACUGGUCUUAUGACAAGAAGAUUUUAGAUGGAAAUUUUGGUAGACACACAGCUUUAUCACCACAAGGCGAGUUUUUCAUGUAUUUAUUGAGGCUACGACAAGAUUUUAGCGAAACCGUUCUUGCCUCUAUGUUCAAUGUUUCAAUAUCUACUGUUUCGUGUAUUUUGUCAACAUGGGCCUGUCACAAGAAAUUAAUAUUUUCAAAAAUUAAUAUGAACCCUUCAAUGGACAAAUUACAGACAUUAUGUCCCCCUGAUAUACUAAAAAUAUUCCCAAAAUGCGUUAUGAUUUUGGACUGUACAGAGUUUGAGGUCGAUGAGCCCAGUGAGCUCGAUAAACAGUCAGUAUUUUGGUCCGAGUAUUGGAGUCGUCAUACAGCAAAGGUAUUAGUUGGUUGCACUUUAUGGGGGUCAUUAUCUUUCAUCUCCGACUUGUUCCCCGGCAGUACAACAGACUUUGAGGUGUGCACAAAGUCGGGUUUAUUGGAUAACAUUAAAAAAGACGAGGUAUAA